AUGUGUGUCUUCAAAAGGUUUGUCUUCAAAUGCAACCACAACUCGUGGGGCAAGGAAGCUCGCCCAUGCCAAAAACAAAGAGACUUCCGUGCUUCAGGAAAAGGUGACCAGUGUAUCGAGAGUAUUGCACAUCCUUUGCACACAAUUACACUUCCUCAAAAGUGCGACUACUGUGUGCAGGUAGAGGCAGAGCGUACGAAGCAGAAACAGCACCAGGAUGAGAUUAUCUUGAAAAUUCGAGACACGCUUGCUGGAGCAAAGGCACAAUUAAAGAAAUGGGAAAACAAUGAGCCAAGCAAGGAAUUGACUACCACAGUUUCGAAAGCUGAUUUGAAGGGGGUUAUUAUUGAUAACAAUGAUGUUGAGAUCGAGAAGGAUGAGGCCUGGGACGGCGUAGCUUAG